UCAGGUGUUAUGUAGAAUGCCGAUGUAUCCAAUAACCUAUAUCUAUAUUGCUUGGCAUGGAUUUAUUACGCCAUUUUCUUUUGUUGGUUCAGAUUGCAUGUUUUUUUCCUAUUGCUUAUAUAUCACAGCGCUUUUAAAAUGUGUUCAAUUGGACAUUACUUCUACUUUGGCAGAAUUAACUGACACUGACAAAAAUUCAAGUAGAUGUGAACAAAAACUAAAACUAAUUAUAGAACGACAUAAUGAAAUAUCGGUACUGACUGAACGUUUUUCAAAGAUAAUGGCUAUUACUACCUUAAGUCAUUUUGUGUCAUCGAGUAUGAUUAUAGGCACAAGUGUUGUAGCAAUUUUAUUUCUCACUGGUAUUGGAAUUGUACUGUACGUUGUUUAUGCCAUAUGUGUGACAAUGGAGUUAUUUUUAUUUUGUUAUGGUGGAUCAGCUGUUAUUGAGAGCUCACAAGAAGUAAGUGAAGAAGCUUAUUGCAGUCACUGGUAUAAGAGAGAUAAAAAUAUUCAAAAAAUGGUUUUAUUACUGAUGUUGCGUGCACAACGCCCUCUAGUUGUUAAAGUACCAUUUUUUGCACCAUCUUUACCAGCUUUUGCAUCGAUAUUGCGUUUUACAGGAUCAUUGAUUGCAUUGGUCAAAUCAUUUUUGUAAAUUAAGAGAAUAUAGAG